GGAGCGUGGAAGAAGAGGAGAAUUUUGUCUGGGAAGUGCCUUUGAGCUCGCAGAGUAGACACCAUGAGCAAGACUCAUCCUCCCAAAUUGAAAAAAUUUAUGGACAAGAAGUUGUCACUGAAAUUAAAUGGCGGUAGACAUGUCCAAGGAAUUCUGCGGGGGUUUGACCCGUUUAUGAACCUUGUGAUAGAUGAAUGUGUGGAAAUGGCAACUAGUGGGCAACAAAACAAUACUGGGAUGGUAGUAAUAUGUGGAAAUAGCAUCAUCAUGUUAGAAGCCUUGGAACGAGUAUAAAUACAAUGACUGUUCAACAAAAAGAUUG